CGUCGGCCCCGGGCCCGCGGGCGGCGCGCCAGGCUCCGGUCCGAGUCUCCGCCGCGCGGUCGUCGGGGUCGCAGCUCGCCGCGCCGCUCCCGCCGCUGAGCCCCCGCCCGGUGCCGCCCGGUUCCCGCGUCCGCGUCCAGAUCUCAGCAUGCCUUCAGAGACACCCCAAGCCAAAGAAGCUUCCGCAGGGUGCCCCCACGCGUCGGGGGUGCCCUCGGGGAACGGAAGCCUGGAGAGGGGGCCUUCGGGGGACAAGGAGCGCCUGUGGAUCCGGCCCGACGCCCCGAGCAGGUGCACCUGGCAGCUGGGCGCGCCUGCCUCCACCUCCCCCCAUCACCACAGCACCCAGGCAAAGCCGCCUAAGAUCCUGCCGGAUGUCCUGAGUAACAUCGGGAACACGCCCAUGGUCAGGAUCAACAAGAUCGGGAAGAACGCGGGCCUGAAGUGCGAGCUCCUGGCCAAGUGUGAGUUCUUCAACGCGGGCGGGAGCGUGAAGGACCGCAUCAGCCUGCGCAUGAUCGAGGACGCGGAGCGGGCGGGGACGCUGCGGCCGGGGGACACCAUCAUCGAGCCCACCUCGGGGAACACAGGGAUCGGGCUGGCGCUGGUCGCUGCCGUGAAGGGGUACCGCUGCAUCAUCGUCAUGCCCGAGAAGAUGAGCCUGGAGAAGGUGGACGUCCUGCGGGCCCUGGGCGCCGAGAUAGUGAGGACGCCCACCAGCGCCAGGUUCGACUCCCCCGAGUCCCACGUCGGGGUGGCAUGGCGGCUGAAGAAUGAAAUCCCCAACUCGCACAUCCUGGACCAGUACCGCAACGCCAGCAACCCGCUGACGCACUACGACAGCACGGCCGAGGAAAUCCUGCAGCAGUGUGACGGGAAGCUGGACAUGCUGGUGGCUUCGGCCGGCACUGGCGGCACCAUCACAGGCCUGGCCAGGAAGCUCAAGGAGAAGUGUCCCGGCUGCAAGAUCAUCGGGGUGGACCCCGAGGGGUCCAUCCUCGCGGAGCCCGAGGAGCUGAACCGGACCGAGGUGACGGGCUACGAGGUGGAGGGGAUCGGCUACGACUUCAUCCCCACCGUGCUGGACAGGAAGGUCGUGGACCGGUGGAUCAAGAGCAACGACGCCGCGUCCUUCGCCUUCUGCCGGAUGCUGAUCGCGCAGGAGGGGCUGCUGUGUGGCGGCAGCUCGGGCAGCGUCCUGGCGGCGGCCGUGGAGGCCGCUCGGGAGCUGCGGGAAGGCCAGCGCUGCGUGGUCAUCCUGCCGGACUCCGUGCGCAACUACAUGUCCAAGUUCCUGAGUGACAAGUGGAUGCUGCAGAAGGGGUUCAUGAAAGAGGAGGACCUUUUGGGAACGAGGCCCUGGUGGUGGCACCUGCACGUACAGGAGCUGAGCCUGUCCGCCCCCCUGACGGUGCUGCCCACGGUCACCUGCGAGCACACCAUUGCCAUCCUCCGCGAGAAGGGCUUCGACCAGGCGCCCGUGGUGGACGAGUCGGGGGCCAUCCUGGGCAUGGUGACCCUCGGGAACAUGCUGUCUUCCCUGCUGGCCGGAAAGGUGCAGCCGGCGGACCAAGUCUGCAAAGUCCUCUACAGGCAGUUCAAACCGGUCCGCCUGACGGACACGCUGGGCGCGCUCUCGCACGUGCUGGAGAUGGACCACUUCGCCCUGGUGGUGCACGAGCAGAUCCAGUCACGGGACCAGGCCUGGUCAGGAGUGGUGGGGGGGCCCGCAGACCACAGCAACGGGCAGGCCAGCAGGCGGCAGAUGGUGUUCGGGGUGGUCACCGCCAUUGACCUGCUCAACUUCGUUGCGGCCAGGGAGCGGGACUCCAACUGAAGGCUGGAAGCGCCGGGGCUGCCUCUGCUUCCGCGGAUGCUGAGGGGCUGAUUUCACCUUCCUGGCUCCGAGCCCGCAUCCUCCCCGCUGCUCGGACCAGAGCUGGGCUGCAGC